CCCUCUUUUAGACCGAGUAUAAUAUAGGAUCUAAACCUGCAACCUUGAUCCCAUUGUAUCUUCUGCCGAUGGAAGCAAACUGAAACAUUUUUUUCCGUCGUUGUUAGCUUUAAUAAUACUUAUCUAUUUUUUAAUUUGUCGUAGGAGCGACGCAUUAGCAACAACCCUGUCGGCGCUGUACGGGAAGCUGCUUGUCGUCAUGGGGAUCGCUUUCCCUAUGGCUGAGGUCAUCUCUACAUACAUUCCACCCUCCUUCUAUGAGGGCUUCUACCUAUACCUGUACAUCGGCAGCAUGGUCUUCUUACUAUACAUGUACGCGGCUCUCGUCAGGGACCGGUCCAAGUCUUCGGCACCAGAUACCACCGUCGUUGCAAAAUCAGACUCGAGCUCAUCCCCAUCGGAGUCAGAUUCCUGCUCAUCCCGCACUGAGCGCAGCACGGCGACCGCUCCGCACGUGCCGCCGCAGCUGUCAGCCAAGCGCCUGUCUCUCGCUUCGCACUGGCCUCAAGAACUCACCACUACGGCAGCUUCUACCUGA